UUAAUUUCUUUUAGUCGAGUCGACCGAGAAGUGCGUCCUGUCCCUAAUUCUAGUUUUAUUCUAGUUUUAUUAUUUUCUUUCAGUUCGAUAUCGAUCAAGUUUGCCAAAGUACAAUAUCUUAAGAAUUUGUUUCUUUCCCAAAAAGUUUUAACACAAUAUGCCUCACUUUAGAAUUGAAACAAACUUGCCAAGAAAUAAGAUACCCCAGGAUUUUGUGUCUAAAAUAGUUUCUAUUUUGGCUAAAUCCCUCGGCAAACCUGAGCAGUAUUGCGUAGUGAGUGUCAUACCUGAUGUAAUAAUGAGUUUUGGUGGUAGCACUGAGCCAUGUGCUAUUGCUAAUCUUAUGUCAAUUGGGGGCCUUGGAGUUGAACAAAACAAGAAACAUGCCAAGGUUUUGUUUGAAGUAGUGGCUAAUGAGUUGAGAAUAUCUACAGAAAGAAUGUACAUAACAUUUCAAGAUGAGCCAACUGGAAAUGUUGGAUUUAAGGGAACCACAUUCCAUGCUUUAUUUGGAUAAAGUAUAUAAUGUACCUAAGUAUAUAUUUUUUAAUAAGAUAUGUAGAUUAUAAAAUAUAUCAUUGUUAGUUUUUUUAUAGCAUAAAAUAUAUAAUUGUUAGUUUUUUUAUAGCAUCCUUAGUUUUUUUAAAACUAAUAUUUUGAUGUAUUUUUGACAUAAACAUUUCAUAUAACUUUUUAUUUUUUAGAAUGGUUUAUAAUUCAUAAAUGUGAUAUAAUAAAAUUAGACA